AUGUCUCUAAGCCCUAGUCCCCGCUCGCGUCUUCGCCCGGACGUCGAGGUCGACGCGACAUUCCAGUCCAGACGGCCCCACGGAUCGCGCAAUCCUUCCCCAUCGUCCACCCCGUAUCUUCACGCGCUGGACGUGGUCAAUCCUGAAGGGCUGGUGGACGAAGAGGUGGCCGAACUCUUGCGCGAGUUUGUGCAUCCCCAUGCGCACCCUUCCGAGGACACGCGCAUCGAGGUGGAAAGUAUUGGCUCAUCAGAUGACGAGAAUGUCUUUUCCCCGGACGCACUUGCACACUGGAGGCAGAGCCUCCCCUGGUUUAUCUUCCUGGUGCCACUGUCUGCUAUCGCGAUGUCGUCCACUCUAGCGCCCAGAGUCGAUAUUCUCACUCGACUGGUCUGCGAGGCUUACAGGCCGGAGUAUUCCGCUGGUAGGGAUGUAGAGGGGCCUCUCGAUAUGGUAUUCUUUGCACCGACAGGGAAUUUUGCCAGACCUACGGAUGAUGAGAUAUUCGAGCUCUGCGCAUCAGACCCUGUCGUGCAACAGGCUGUUUCGAAACUCACUCUUACCAUUCUCAGUACGAUGGGGUUCCUCAGUUGCCUGACAACAGCUUGGUGGGGCGCACUUUCUGAUCGUCGCGGCCGCACCACAAUCAUAGGCAUCGUUGCGAUAGGCCAGCUUGUCUCGGAUUUUACAUUCAUACUGGUAGCCAAGUAUUGGCAAGUGCUUCCGGGGGGUGUUUGGUUCAUACUUGUCGGACCUAUGCUAGAAGGGGCACUCGGUGGGGUAUCUACUACCUCUGCUACAAUCAACGCAUACAUGGCAGAUUGCACGGCACCUGCGGCUCGCUCGCGCACGUUUUCACUCAUGCUCGGCCUACUGUUCACGGGCAUGAGCAUAGGGCCAACUUUAGGCAGCAUUAUUGUCAGUUACACUGGGCACCCCCUCUGGGUAUUUUAUGUUGCUAUCUCUUUGCACAUAUUCGCUUCAUGCCUCGUCUGGUUCGUCAUUCCCGAGUCCCUCUCGCCCUCCCAGAUGACCCAAUCCCGCAAGUUGCGCACCAAAGAACUCGAACAAGUGAAACAUGCUCGCGCCAGAGGCGGGUUCUUAGUUUGGCUUAGCAGGGUGUUCGGUUUCUUGACCCCACUUGCGCUUUUGCUGCCAUCGGCGGCUGGAAGUGAUCCAUUGAAGAGGAAGAGAGAUUGGAAUUUGGUACUUCUUGCUAUUGGAUAUGGUUUUAUUGUGAUAGUCGUAGGCUCCAUCACUACGAAGAUGCAGUACGCGGUAGCCACUUUUGGCUGGACAUCUGAGCAGCUCGGUUACUGGGUAAGUAUUGUCGGUGCGGCCCGCGCUUUUCAUCUCACUAUCCUUCUGCCCGUUAUUAUCAAACUGUCCCAACCUAAAUCGCCCGCUAUCCAGCUACAUGUGGAACCGGAUGAGCCCCUGCAACCCUCGGAAACCUCCCCCGCGCGAGGAACGCCUACUCCACCCGCAAGCACGCCUCGCUCUCAACGUCAUUCUCUAUCACUUGACAUCGCUAUUGCAUGUGCCUCGCUUGGUGUAGAAUUUCUCGCAAACUUACUCAUGGCUGCGGCACCGAACGGCGCAAUUUUCACCGCCUUUUCGGCGUUGGGCGCGUUUGGCUCGGGCAUUGGUCCUGCGAUUAACAGCGUCGCGUCGGCGUUGUACACGAAGAAGGGCGGGCAGGAGCUUGGAAAGCUUUUCGGUGCCCUCGGUGUAGUUCAAGUGAUCGGUUCGCAGGUCCUCGGGCCAUUCCUCUAUGGGAUGACCUUUAUGCAGACGGUCGCGAUAUUCCCGAGAGCCAUUUUCUUUGUCUCGGCAGGCUUGUUUGCCCUCUCGUUCAUCAUGCUCAGCUUCAUCCGUCUGCCUUCCGGCAUGCAACACGACUCAGAGCAUCAGGGACCAGAGGAUGCUAUAGCACCGGGCGAGGAGCCUGUCGAUGAUGUGGAAGAGGUUCUCGUUGUCGUUGAUGACGAAGAGGAUCGUGGAACUAAGCCAGAUGCCAAGGUGGCUCGCCCAAUACUCGGUUGA